AUGUCUGCUGACGAAACUCCAUUAAUAAGGAGAAGUAAACGACAAGAGGGUCGUAGAAUCGCCAAAGCCAAAGAAGAUGGUAGAUGCAAAUUAUGCGACCUAGACAACACGCAAGAAAUGGUUCAGUGCGACGAAUGUUUACAAUGGUACCAUUUCAAUUGCGUCAACGUGACUGCGGCCAUAGAAGAAGAAGAUUGGAGCUGCGCGCAAUGUCUAAACCAAAAGAAGGCAGAUGCAGAAUCCGUACGUUCCAAGAAGACGUCAUCAACAAAUCGCCGGCAAAUAGAAUUACAGAUCCUCGAAGAAUCUAGAGAACUAGAGAAGAAGAGAGAUGAAGAUUAUCUAAGAAAGAAAUUGGAUUUGCUCGUAAAUGGAAGUCAAAAAAGUGCGUGCUCCGAAUCGUAUAAAGAUCCGAAAGAUGUCGAGAAUUGGAUUCGAAACCAGAACGAUGUACAAUACCAAGCACUUGCAGUGAAUACAAUGAAAAGUGCACAAAUAACAACACAAAUAAAUCAACAUCUGGGCAUCCAUAUUCCUGCCACCACCAUGCCACACAACCCUGGCCCAUCAACAUCACUUCAUCAUGCAAAUCCAAGAAAUCUACAGCAAGAGUCUGCACAACCCGAUAAUGUUCAAUUGGCAAACAGACAUUCAAUGUCAAGGGAUUUACCGAAUUUCUAUGGCAGCCCUGAAGAGUGGCCACUUUUCAUCAGUACUUACGAUCGAAGUACACGGCUCUGUGGUUUUAGUAAUGAAGAAAACCUCUUGAGACUGCAAAAAUGUUUAAAAGGACAGGUCCUUGAAACAAUGCGCGGCAGAUUGAUGUUGCCAUCUAAUGUUCCUAACAUCAUACAAACAAUGCGAAUCAUGUACGGCCGUCCAAAAGUCAUAAUAAAGUCGCUUUUGCAGAAGAUCCAAACUCAGCCAAGAAUCCAAAUCGAGAAAGUCGAGACUAUUAUAUCGUAUUCCUUGGCUGUACAAAAUCUGAUUUCGACAAUAGAAGCCUGUGACCUCCAGGAGUAUUUGCACAAUGCAGAGCUCCUGGACGAUCUUGUGAGCAAACUGCCGACACAGCUGAUGUUAGAUUGGGCGAAAGCAAUUGAAGGAAUGACAUCAUACAACCUAUUGGACUUUGACGAAUGGCUCUUCAGGUUAAUAGAUAACAUAUGUAAAGUAAGUCCUGCUAUAUCAUUCAAUCAAGAUUCGAGAACACCUAUGCGCAAGAAAGAAAAAGCCCACAUCAAUACACACUCCGAAGAAGAUGUAAAGACACCAAUGUCCGACAAGAGACGCUGUACAAUUUGCUCUCAGGAUUGUUGCGGAGUUCACCUAUGCAAGAGAUUUAAGAAUAUGAGCCUUAACGACAAAUGGAAUGCUAUAAAACAAAACAGACUUUGCCGUACAUGCCUGAAAUCUCAUCCGCAAUCUCGUUGCAGACUGAAUACUUUGUGUGGUGUGAAGGGUUGCAUUUAUAGACAUCAUCCUUUGUUACACAAGAACACGAGUGACACAGUGGUUACAGGAACAUCAACAAUUGAAGUGCAAACGACAGAAACAAGCCAAGCUACCUCUACAGAUGACGCAAAUUUCAACUGUAACACGCACAGAUCAACUCAUAAUAUAAAAUACCGCGUUGUUCCUGUUGUUCUUCAUGCUGAACAGAAGCACAUUGCGACAUUUGCCUUUCUGGACGACGGAUCGUCACUUACUAUGAUGGAGGACUCCUUGGCAAAAGAAUUGGAUCUCAAAGGCAUCAAUCAACCGCUCUUUUUAAAGUGGACAGGCAACACCCACCGAAACGAAAAUGAAUCAAGAAUAGUAUCCGUCGAAGUUUCUGGAAGGGAACACACCGAUAAAAGAUUUAAAAUUCCAAUCAUCAGAACUGUGAAAUCUCUUAAUUUGCCACAACAAUCCUUGGAUGUCGAAGAACUCAGAGCUAAGUACCCUUAUCUGCGCGGGUACCCAAUUCAAUCCUACGAGAAGGCUGUUCCACGCUUGUUGAUCGGUCUAGAUAAUUUGAAGCUAGCAAUUCCUCUGAAGGUGGUAGAAGGCGGCGAAGGAGAUCCAGUUGCAACAAAGACAAGACUUGGUUGGGUAGCAUAUGGACCAUCAUCAGUAACAGACAAUAACACAGGUGAGUCCUUUCAUUCUUACUAUCAUGAGUGUGAAUGCGCAACUGCCAAGCUGAGUGACGCCGACUACACCCUUCAUAACAUGAUGAAAGAUUACUUUUCUCUGGAUAGUCUUGGGGUUGGGGAACCAAAGGGGCUGUUAAGGUCGCAAGAUGACGAACGCGCCUGCAAGAUGCUUGAAAGUCUUACGAUCAGAAUCGGUUGUCGAUUCACAACAGGCCUUUUAUGGAAGUAUGAAAACAUUAAACUCCCAGAGAGCUUCCAAAUGGCUCUAAAACGACACCACUGCUUUGCACAAAAAUUGAAACGCAACCCAGACUUGGGCAAUAAAAUAAAAAAUCAGAUCAAAGAAUAUGAAAAUAAAAGAUACAUAAGAAAAUUGUCUAAAAACGAACUUGAACAUCAAUUUCCUCGAACUUGGUACCUUCCAAUAUUUGUUGUUACAAAUCAAAAUAAACCGGGCAAGACUCGAAUAGUCUGGGAUGCUGCUGCCGAAGUCAAUGGCGUGUCACUCAACUCUGUACUGUUAAAAGGACCUGAUCAACUUGUUUGCCUACUCUCAGUCCUAUAUCGUUUUCGAGAGAGGCGCGUCGCCAUAUGUGCGGACAUUCGAGAAAUGUUCCACCAGAUUGAAAUGCGAGCAGACGAUCAGCACGCCCAACGAUUUCUCUGGAGCAAUGACUUACAUGCCACUCCAGAUGUUUAUGUGAUGCAGGUACUGACGUUUGGGGCCACUUGCUCUCCCAGUUGUGCGCAGUUUGUUAAGAAUAAAAAUGCUCUCGAAUUUUCCGAACAGUAUCCAAGAGCAGUCGAUUCCAUCCUUCACAGCCAUUAUGUUGACGAUCUUCUUGAUAGCGUAGACUCAGAAGAAGAAGCCAUCAAGCUGGGUAAAGAAGUCAAAUACAUACAUCAAAACGGUGGUUUUGAAAUUCGAAAUUGGAUCUCAAAUUCACCGAAGGUCAUGGAGGCUCUGGGAGAGCAACCGCCAGCAUCCAGAAGAAGCCUGGACAUCAACCCUGAGAGUACCUCCGAAAAGGUUUUAGGCAUGUGGUGGUGUAUUCAAACAGAUACAUUUACAUUCUCAGUUUCAAAGAAGGCGUCAAUGAUAGAGCUUCUGUCAGAAGACUUCGAACCGACAAAGCGGCAAAUACUUCGCGUCCUAAUGAGCAUUUUUGAUCCCUUAGGCCUGAUUGGUAAUUCAUUAAUUUAUAUCAAAAUUCUAAUGCAAGAGAUCUGGCGUUCCAAACUGAGCUGGGAUGAGAAAAUUGAAGGGAAACUAUGCGAGAAGUGGCGCGUUUGGGUCAAUCACUUAAAAAACAUUGACCGAAUACAUAUUCCCAGAUGCUAUUUAAAGCAAAUCAUGUAUGGUGAGCACGACACAUGCCAACUACAUAUUUUUGUUGACGCUAGCAUCAAUGCAUUUGCCGCUGUAGCCUUCAUCCGAGUAACAAAAGGUAACCUAAUUGAAUGCAGAAUAAUUUCAUCAAAAACUCGGGUUGCGCCUCUUCGAUUAACUUCCAUACCAAGGCUAGAACUCGACGCCGCAAGGCUCGGUGUACGAUUAGCGAACAGCAUCAAGCAGUAUCACGCCAUCAAGUUUUCAGAAGAGUUUUACUGGUCGGACUCCAAAACAGUUCUCUCAUGGAUUCAGUCUGAUCAUCGCAAUUAUAAGCAAUACGUCGGAUUCAGAGUCAGCGAGAUACUGGAAACAACCGAAACUCAUCUGUGGCGCUAUAUACCUUCAAAAGACAACGUAGCAGACGACGCCACGAAAUGGGAAAAAAUACCCGACUUUGAUAUGAAUUCGCGAUGGUUUGUAGGCCCACCAUUUCUGAUGCAAGACGAAAACAAAUGGCCACUCAAUUUGUCAAACCUUCAAGAAACUGCGGAAGAACUGAAAGCAUCAAUUUUGUUCCAUCAUACUGUACACAAUCAAGCACUAAUAGACUCCAAACGUUUUUCAAAUUGGCAAAAAUUAGUAAGAACUCAAGCAUACAUUUCCCGAUUUAUAUAUAAUACCAGAGCUAUCAAGAAGAAAGUUCCUAAACGAGAUCAAAAGUACAUCACACAUGGAGAAUAUGUGGAAUCAGAAAGAUCACUCUAUCUUCAAGCCCAGCUGGAUUCGUUUCGUGAUGAGAUAAGUAUUCUAAAAAACAACCUUGAUCUUCCGUUAGCCCAGCAUAAAUCUUUGGACAAAUCCAGCUUUAUUCGGAAGAUGUCUCCGUUCAUAGAUCAAGAUGGACUCCUACGCCUAUAA